AUGAUGAACCAAUUCACCAAGGCACUCCUUCUCUCCGCUAUGGUUUCCAUGGCCAGCGCUGUUGACGAUGACAUUUCACACUUUGAAUCCCCUCUUGAAGAAGAUGUCCCAAUUGUUUCUAUUCCGUGCUUUGCCAACGCAGACGGAUUUGGCGGAUCCAUCACCGACACUUCUUUCACCGUCGAAUACUACUAUGAAAUGGUUUACAGAGAAGGAGGCGAUCCUGUAGACGACCUUGUCGGAUCUUUCGAAAGGGACAGUACAAACUUUCUUUUGCAAUCUGAUUUGUUUGAAAGCCCAUGUAACGAAGUCAUUGCAAGACAAGCUGGAGCUGCUCAUGGAAUCACUUCCAAUCCACCUGACGUGGCCCUCGAUGGCAUUCCAUGUACUACUAUUUCUGGUGACGAUGCUGUAGCCACCGAGUGCGUUGUUGUCAAUGGAGCAUUUGAAGUAUUCUACAUUGACGACGGAAGUGGCUCGGAAGCUUUGGAGGCGCAAUUCAAGGCCGGCAUUGAGGAGGGAAUCAACAAUGGAUCAGUCUCCAUUUCCAACCCAGAUAUUGUCGAAGUUGCUGCUGUUCCUGAUCCCGAAAGCACUCCCCGUGGACAAGACCCUGCCGUCACCCCCGAAGGCAUUGUUGCCAACCCUGAUGACGAUGGAAACAGCACCCCUGUCAUCAUUGGAGCAGUUGUUGGUGGUGUCUUGAUUGUCGGAGCUAUUGCUCUAUACAAGAGUCGGCAGGCUGGAGCCGCUGCCAGUGGUGCUGCUGAUGCUGGCGCUUCUGCCGGAGCUGACGUAUGA